AUGGCUAAUGGAGGAAGAGAUGCUGUCAUUAAAAUUGCAGCAACGAACAAUAUUCUGACCACAAUAUCUUUGGAGCAAAGAAUCAAGGAAACGAAAUGGCUGCUGCACCCGUCAGCUGGAAACAGCUCUUGUUGCAUCUUCAGAUUACCCCAAUACCUCUUGGAAAUAAACAAGAAGGCCUACCAGCCUCAUAUAGUUUCCAUCGGUCCUUAUCACUACGGUGACACACAUUUGGACAUGAUGCAGCAGCACAAAUGGAGAUUUCUUCGCGAUCUGCUUGUUCGAACACCAUCCCCUGGCCCGAAUCUUGAUGACUACCGGCAGGUUGUGGCAUCAAUGGAAGAAGAUAUAAGACAGUGCUACUCAGAGACAAUCAAUUUAUGCGGUCAAGAUCUAGUUGAGGUGAUGGUGCUAGAUGGUCUUUGCACUAUUGAACUAUUCUGCAAAGUUCGAAGGCUGUCACCAAGUGAUCCAGAUGACCCCAUCUUCAACUUGGCAUGGAUAUUCCCUGACCUCAUACGAGAUCUUCUUCGGUUGGAGAAUCAAAUUCCUUUCGUUGUCCUUCAAACAUUAUUUGAUAAAUCAAAAUCUUCAAGAGAAGAUAGUAACUCUUCCCUUGCACAACUUGCUUUGGAAUUCUUUAGUUUCGCGGUAGAAAGACCAGAAGAAGUCAUAAAGCAACAUUUCAGUGUUGAAGCAAAACAUCUACUUGAUUUACUUCACUUGAGUUUUAUUCCUGAACCACAUCACCGCUCACCUCAAAAUCAAAACCCAAAAGUCAUUCUUCCAUUAGUCCAAUUGAUCCAAAUGGCCAAAAAGCCUCUAGCGGGAAUACUCAAGGCCAGCACAAGGAACACACUAAAAAAGUUCUUAGGGCGAAUUAAGUUGAAGAUCAUGAGGAAGGGAAACACCUCUCCGCUGCACAUAACCACUUAUGCUGCAUCGAUGAGUUGCCUCAUCAGCACGCCUGGGGACGCAGCAUUUCUCAGUGACAAAAAUAUUAUUGAGAAUUAUCUUGGAACCGAUGAGGAGGUCGCUCAUUUCUUCAAAAACCUUGGCAAGGAUGUGCCUUUUGAUAUUGACGACGGUUAUCUAUGUAAGUUGUUCAAGGAUGUGUAUAAGUACCAUAGAAAUAUUUGGCACGUGAGAUGGGCUGGUUUUAGAUUUAAGUAUUUUGACACCCCAUGGUCUUUCUUGUCAGCUGUAGCUGCUGUCGUGCUCCUACUACUCACUGCAAUUCAGGCCUUCUUUGCUGUGUAUGAUUAUUUUAAUUUCCAGCUACAGGAAUCAUUCGUCUGUAAACUACGAGACAUGUAA